UUUCUUUUAUAAGAACCCACCCCAUUACAAACAGAGAACAGAAUAAAAAUCAAAACUUUCGUAGAACCCAUAAUUUAUUUUUUGAUUUUUUUUGAGUUUGAUAGUCUGAAAGAAGGAUGAGUGGAUUUGAGAAGCAAGUGAAGGAGAGGGCCAAGGAAUUGAAGAGCUUGUUCAAGAAAGGAGUGAAGAUUGUGGGAGAAACUUGCAAGAAAGGCUGGUCCAAAGUCAAGCAAUUGAAAGGCUGAUCAUCAUCAUCAUCAUCAUUAAAUGAUGAUGAUUCCAAAACUUCUUCUAGUAAUUUGAUAGGUAACUAUUGCAUUAAAGUCAAGAUGUCAAGAUGAACAUAGUGUUUAUACUAUCAACCUCAGGGUUAGAGGUCCCGAAGUUGAUUCCCCACUCCACGCUUUAAUUAAAAUAACUUCGCAAAAAAAAAAAAAAAUUAAAUCUCUGUGUAGAAUUAUAAAUGAAACAUUUUAGUAAAAAAUUCUCUUCCCAUUCUUGAACCUUUGCUCAUCCUCAUUCUUCGAGCCCAAGGUCGAGGAACCCAAUCACCACAUGGCCGUGAGUUGAGCCUUUGUGCCAACCUAUCCCUCGAUUCAUCCUCAUUCUUAGAGGUCAACUUCAAUCUCGGCCUUUGAGCUCAAUUAUAAUAUAAGGCAUGUCACCUCCAGAAAUUUAGAAACUUAGUCCAACUAAUGGAAGAAGAAUAGGUCCAUCAAAUACUUUAAUUUCUCAAAAUUUUCCUUUUAUAAACCAUGUAGAAGCACAUUUUUUAAAAAAUUCAAAGAUAUUUUUUAAACCGAUGUAUUUGGGAUUUUAUUUACAUGCUAACCAUCACAACAUCUUUUAACUUUUUUUUUUAAUUUAAAUAUUUCUUUUAACUUUUAAAAAUUUAGAUAUAUUUUAAAAACAAAUUACUUACUAUUUCUAUCUAAAACUGAAAUUAAGAAUAUUUCUUCACUCUUUCGAAAAUUUAAGGGAAAGUUAUUUUUAACGCAAUAUUUUCUAUAAUCUAGUCAAGAAACCAGGCCUAAUUUCACUCUCCAAGUACGCACUCUUAGCCAUUUUUACAUUUAGUUGCAGACAUUGAAGUUUCAAAACUCUUCCCAUUCUCAAUUUGUAAGCUUUUUCUUUCAAUUCUCAUCUUUUUCAUCUUUGAAUCAAGAUGAUGAUAACGAAGCUCCGAAGCUGGAACAAUCUUGUUCCCAAUCUCCAUCAAACCCCUCAACAAUCUAAUCCAUUAGCUUCCUUUUUCUGUACUAAAACCCAAAUUUCCCCGCCCUUCUCUUCCACUCCGCCGCCCUCAUCAACAACUCUUCCCGAUAAAAUUUUAACCAUACGAGACCCUAAAAUCUCUGUUAUUCCGGUACUGGAGAAAUGGGUCGGCGACGGCGGAGCGAUUGGGAUACGGGAACUUCAAUCUCUUGUUUACCUCAUGAAAAACUUUCGACGUUUCAAUCACGCUCUGCAGAUAUCUCAGUGGAUAACGGAUCGAAGAUACUUCAGUUUAUCACCGAGCGAUGCAGCAAUCAGGAUGGAUUUAAUCCAUAGAGUUCAUGGUCUGGAACAUGCAGAAAAUUACUUCAAUAGUAUAUCUUCUCAGUUGAAAACUUCUAAUGUUUAUGGCGCUCUUCUCUGUAGUUAUGUGCGAGAGAAAUCAGUUGAGAAAGCUGAAGCCAUUAUGCAAGAAAUGAGAAAGAUGGGCAUUGCUAAUACGUCCUUUCCUUAUAAUGUGCUAAUUAACCUCUACGCUCAGAUUGGGCAGCAUGAUAAGAUUGAUCUACUGACUCAAGAAAUGAAAAUGAAGGGAAUACCUCAAGAUAUUUACACAAUUAGAAAUCUUUGUGCAGCUUAUGUUGCUAAGACAGACAUUUUUGGUUUGGAAAAGAUCCUUAAAAGGAUCGAGGGUUCUGAACUCAAGGCUGAUUGGAGGAUUUAUUCAAUUGCUGCUAGUGGCUAUCUAUCAGCUGGGUUGGAAACAAAGGCUCUUUCCAUGCUAAAGAAAAUGGAGGAGAAGAUUCCAUCGAAUAAUAAUAAAUCUGCGUUUGAGUUUCUUCUGGCCCUUUAUGAAAGAACAGGUCGUAAGGACGAACUUUACAGAGUUUGGAGUACCUUCAAGCCAUUAAUUAGACAAACACUUGUGCCAUAUGCUUUAAUGAUCACAUCUCUUGUCAAGCUUGAUGAUAUUGAAGGGGCUGAAAGGAUCUUCCAGGAGUGGGAAUCAAAAUGUACUGAAUAUGACUUUCGAGUGUUGAAUCGUCUUCUGGUUGCUUAUUGCAGAAAAGGUCUUUUGGAUAAGGCGGAAUCGGUUGUUAACCAAGCAGUGGUUGGAAGAACUCCAUACGCCAGCACGUGGAGUGUGUUAGCCACGGGAUACGCAGAACACGGAUGCAUGAGCAAAGCCGUUGAGAUGUUGAAGAAAGCUAUGUUAGUUGGAAGGCAAGAUUGGAGACCAAAGUGUGACAUUUUGGAAGCUUGUCUGGAUUACUUGGAAGAGCAAGGAGAUGCAGAAACAAUGGAGGAAAUAAUACGACUAUGCAAAAGCUCGGGUAUGGUAGCGAAGGAGCUGUACUACAGAUUGCUGAGAACUUCCAUAGCAGGGGGAAAAUCAGUUCUCAGCAUUCUAGAACAGAUGAAAAUGGAUGGUUUUUCAGUAGAUGAAGAGGUUGACAAAAUUCUAGGAACUAAGACGAACUUGUAGCUUUUAGAGCAGAUGAAAAUGGAUGGUUUUUAGCAGGGGUAAAAUGUCUUAGUUUUUCUUAGACUUUUGAUUUGUUGACAGAGGCAAUGUCUAGAACUGCUAUGGCUGAAAUGCAAGGCGAGCUCUUUCUUGUGAUGAUAAAAGGAAUGCUAAUUUCACUUAUCUUGGGUCUGUUCAUCAUUAUCUCAACCAUUAACAUUUUGGUAGGCAAAAGAUAACAUAACUCAACUACCAUUUUAUCAAAAUACGCGAUUCCAAUCUUUCAAUCUCUAUUAUACUAAAAAAAAUUAAUUAAAAAAACACCAUUGUUGUAGACACUUUAAAAGUUGUGUUCUUGGGCUUUUAAGAAAGAUUUUGAUUGGGAGGGUAAAAGUAGGAAGCUUGUGGCUAUAGAUGUGUAUUAUAAAAAAACUCAUAUGUUGUAAAGAAUGCAAAAGUGAAUAUUUGGGUACAUUUUUUAUUGUAUCUAUACAUGUGCACUC